ACUCCUGUGAAGAUCAAUAGGCUUCAUUUUGCACAGCUUCUAAUGGUGCCGUGACUCCUGCAGAAAACUGGAUUUUGUGAAGUUAAAGUAAAGCUCUUGCACAGACAUUAUCUCGUCCUCAAAGGAUUUGAUUUUUAAUUUGAAUAAACUGUGCCGCUAUGGAUGAAAACAGGACUUCCUUGGUCAAAGGUGCCAAAGACAUUGCCAAAGAGGCCAAGAGGCAAGCUGCCAGAAACUUCAACAAGGCAGUAGACCGAGCCUCAGAUGAGUAUUCCAAUCAGCGCAGCUACAACCGCUUCAACAACGAGAAUGAGGAAGAGGGGUACAACUACCAACAGCAGGAUGGAUAUUAUGGAGACAAUGGAGACCAUGAUGAUGGGGCGUCCAGUGACGCCACUGAGGGCCAUGAUGAUGAGGAUGAAAUCUACGAAGGGGAGUACCAGGGUGUGCCUGCCUACAGCGACAGGAAACCCUCAGAUGGACAUGUGGCACUGGGAGAGCCUGUCUCUGACAGCCUCAAAAGCCAAAAGGAUCUAGAGAACGAGAGGCAGGCUGACGAAGAGGAGCUCGCCCAGCAGUAUGAGCUCAUCCUGCAGGAGUGUGGCCACGGUCGCUUCCAGUGGCAGCUGUACUUUGUCCUGGGCCUGGCACUCAUGUCUGAUGGAGUAGAAGUGUUUGUGGUGGGCUUUGUCCUCCCCAGCGCAGAGACAGACAUGUGUGUGCCUAACUCAGGGGCAGGAUGGCUGGGUAGCAUAGUGUAUUUGGGAAUGAUGGUGGGGGCAUUCUUCUGGGGAGGCCUAUCAGACAAAGUGGGCCGCAGACAGAUCCUCCUCAUAUCUUUGUCUGUCAACGGCUUCUUUGCCUUCUUGUCUUCCUUUGUCCAGGGAUACAACAUGUUCCUCUUCUGCCGCAUGGUGUCUGGAUUUGGGAUUGGAGGAGCGGUGCCCAUAGUGUUCUCCUUCUUUGCGGAGGUAUUGGCUCGAGAAAAACGAGGGGAACAUCUGAGCUGGCUCUGUAUGUUCUGGAUGAUUGGAGGAAUCUAUGCAUCUGCCAUGGCCUGGGCCAUUAUCCCACACUAUGGCUGGAGCUUCAGCAUGGGCUCGGCCUACCAGUUCCACAGCUGGAGAGUGUUUGUGGUGGUCUGUGCUCUGCCGUGUGUCUCUGCAGUGGUAGCGCUCACUUUUAUGCCUGAGAGCCCCCGCUUUUACCUGGAGAUGGGGAAACAUGACGAGGCAUGGAUGGUGCUCAAACAUAUCCAUGACACUAACAUGCGAGCACGUGGUGAGCCUGAGAGAGUCUUUACAGUAAAUCGCAUAAAAAUCCCCAAACAACUGGAUGAGCUGGUGGAGAUGCAGAAUGAGUCAGCGAACCCUGUGCUAAAAGUUCUCCUUAAGAUCCAGUCUGAACUCAGAGGGAUCUGGAAAACCUUUCUGAAAUGCUUUAACAGCCCAGUCAAAGAAAACACCAUCAAAUUAGCUGCAGUAUGGUUCACCUUGUCUUUUGGGUAUUACGGCCUGUCUGUGUGGUUCCCUGACGUCAUUAAACACCUUCAAGCAGAUGAGUAUGCCUCCAGAGUCAAGAUCCACAACAACGAACGCAUUGAAGACUUCACGUUCAACUUCACCCUCGAGAACCAAAUCCACAGAAAUGGACUCUUUCUGAAUGACAGGUUCAUUGCUAUGAAGUUCAAAGCCGUCACUUUCAUUGACUCAUCUUUUCUCAACUGUUACUUUGAAGAUGUGUCUUCAGUGGGCUCCUACUUCAAGAACUGCACCUUCGUUGACUCGUUUUUCUACAACACAGAUAUUGAUGACUCCAAGCUAAUAAAUUCACGAGUGAUCAACAGCUCAUUCCAUCAUAACAAGACAGGCUGUCAGGUGACAUUUGAUGACGACUAUAGCGCCUACUGGGUCUAUUUCGUAAACUUUUUGGGCACACUGGCUGUUCUACCUGGAAACAUUGUUUCCGCGCUUCUCAUGGACAAAAUAGGACGCCUCAGCAUGUUAGGGGGCUCCAUGGUGCUCUCAGGCAUCAGCUGUUUCUUCCUGUGGUUUGGCACCAGUGAGUCCAUGAUGAUCUUCAUGUUGUGCCUCUACAAUGGUCUGAGCAUUUCUGCCUGGAACUCUCUGGAUGUGGUCACCACAGAGCUCUAUCCCACUGACAGGAGGUGCACAGGAUUUGGCUUCUGCAAUGCCAUGUGUAAGCUGGCAGCAGUGCUCGGUAACCUGAUCUUUGGCUCCUUAGUUGGCAUCACUAAAGCUAUCCCCAUCCUGCUGGCCUCCUCGGUGCUGGUGGGUGGUGGUCUGAUCGGGCUGCGGCUGCCAGACACUCGUGCCAAUGUCCUUAUGUAAAACAGGCUGUAUCUGUUGUAUGUUUAUCAGGUAUUUACAGAGCGAAACCUGAUAAUAUAUCAUAAAAUUUCAUUUUAUGAUAUAUUAUUACAUGUUCUGUGUAAAUACCUGAUAAACUAAGCUACAGUUGAAGAGCUGUGGAAAUUGUCAUUGUCAAAGAUAAUCACAUCAAAAGAUUGUAUUCUGAAUCCAGAGACAUUUAGGCAAAUGUCAACAGUACAAUGCUCAUAACAAUAAGCAGUUCUUGAGAAACCACAGCUCAUAUUUUAGAGCUGUUUCUCAUCUGCAACAAAUCAAAUGUCACUGCUGCAAAAGCUUGAAUUGUAUGUAGUUCACAUAGAGUUUUGCUUAAAUACACUCUAUUACUUUUGAGUGCUUGCACUAUUUUUUCCACACAUAUUUAAUAAUUCAUUGCUAUUUAUUGUAUUUACAACGUUCCAUGCCCCGGCUUGAAACUGAAGGUGCUGCAUCUCAUAGAGAACCUCUGUUUCAAAAGUGGCUCAACCUAUUGACAAUAUUCUUUUUCGUUUUUUGUUUUUUUUUGCAAGAAUAACAAGGCCAUUAAAAUCAAUAACAAUACUGUAAUUUUGUGCGUGAAACUGGCAACUUAAGCAGCUACAUUUCUAAUAUGAAAAAGGUUUACAAUUUGUGCUUUUUACUGUAAGAGACUUUUGAGAUUGGACCCUCUUGUCCUGAUGCUUGACUGUGUUCAUGCCUUGUGUGUUGUGUUGUGAAGGGCUUUGCGCUCUGUCUGGCUGCUCUCUCUCUUUGUCUUCCUGUUUGCUGAUUUGCUUGUUUCCUCUCUCUUGCCCUCUGCUGCUGCUGCUCCCUUCUAACUCCUCUAAGGCCUUUCUUCAAAGCUGUGCCUCUCUGUCUUUUAGCCCCAGUCUAUCCUUCCAAAACUCGCUGGAAGCUUUGCUGCUUUGUCCUGUUUUCUCUUCUUCAGGAUGUGUGAUUGUGUGCAUGAGUGUUCGGACAAACCACUAACUAGACAAAGUUGGUAUCUUUGGUUGGUAAGACUUCAAGCCAUGGAUAACAGUAAUAUUUUGUUUUUUAAGAAGUGUUUUACAAGUCACAGGGCUGUGAUUAAACCCUAGCCAGCCUGCUGCAACAUGUUCAAGAACUGCUUUCAUUUCAGUUCAAAUAUUUGGCUGAUCAUAAAAUACAUGCAAUCCCUGCUGGAUUCCUUUGGUCUUUGAAGGCCAGUCAAAAAUGUAAUUUUUCUUCCUAAGAUUUAGCUUUACCAACUUUUAGCUUUUUAGUACAGAAAUGUGUAGCUCAGACAUCAGCACUUAAAUGUUAAACAUGUUAAGCUGGCCUUUAAAACUUUUGUCAUUCAACUGCUGCUAAGAGCAUUGCAUUUAACCAGCUUUUAAUUAUGUGGUGUACAAUAGUGCUCUUUGUCAUUUUUCACAAUGUGGGUUUUUUUUUUGGUUUUUUUUUUGUUUUUUUUGUGAGGGGUUGAAAUGGUUGCUGCACAUUUUCUUCUCUCAGCUCACUCAGAUGAUUUUCUGCACAAAUUCCUGCAUGUUUGUUGGUGUUUGUUGUGUGCUCUCUUUGCCAUUUUGGUGUUGUUACUGUCCCUCGUUUAAAUGGUCAAAGGUGAAUGUAUCAUCCUCAAGUGUUGUCAGAUAACUUACAGAUCAUCUGGUGUUUAUGCUGAGUCAUAUUGAAAGAGCAUGUCACUGGAAAGAUACAAAAUGUUUACAUGUGGAGGUGUUUGAAAAUGCUGUGAGGACGUUGACCACUAAUACAAAUAAAGUUGAAGCCAGUACUCUUUGAUCACCUCUGCUCACAAUUGGGAUUGAUGUUGAUAUGGAACGUUUUGCUAUGAAAAGGUUGGAAUGAUUGCAGCAAAUAGGAAAGUUCCUCAGAUGUGUAAACAUUUAAUAAAGAAAUCCAUAUGAAUG